AUGAGACCGCCUGUGAUAGCAGAGAACCUAAAUAAGCAUAAGGAAUUUAAACUACAGGUUUUCCUUUUAUAUUUACUUAUAGAGAACAGCACUUACUGGAUAAAUAAUUUAUCCAAUACUGGACGAGGACUAAUGGCAAGAAAGAAUUUUAGGCCCGGUGAUCUGAUAGUUGAGAUUCCACGGCGUCUGCUUGUGACCCCGAAAGAUGUCUUGAACACGGAAUUAGGACCACUUAUAAAGAGACAACUGCAGAAACCAACCCCCUACCAAGCGGUCUGUGCAUUCCUGAUCACCGAAAGGACAAAUGGCAAAUCUUCUUUCUGGUACCCUUACAUCAAUGUCCUCCCAAAGAACUUCACCACACCAGCCUUCUGCUUCGCCACUCAAGCCCAAUUUGAUCUGCUGCCCUCUCAGGCACGGAUAAGUGCCACCAAACAGCUACAGGAUAUCCGAUGUGCUUUUGAGAGUGCUUCAUGCUUGUUUGAAGACAUCGAAAGGACCUUUCCCCGGUACAGGGGCGUCUUCGACUUUGGGUCCUUCCUGUGGGCGUGGUUCGUGAUCAACUCUAGGUCGGUCUAUAUGGAGCCCAGCGGCUGCGAGACAUUUGAUCCAAAAUCAAAAGACGACUUUGCUCUAGCUCCUUUCCUCGACCUUCUCAACCAUUCUCCAGGUGCCGAGGUCAGUGCAGGCUUUGAUUCAGCGUCUAAUACGUAUCAGAUCAAGACACUAGACAGCUACCGUACCUAUGACCAAGUCUUCAUUCACUAUGGCCCCCAUGACAACGUGAACCUACUCUUAGAGUACGGCUUCGUGAUCCCCUCCAACCCGCAUGAUGUAGUUUGCUUUGAGCUAGGUGAGGUUGUGGAUGCAGUAAAAUCUCAGCACAAGGGCCCUCUUAGCUGCAGAAAAACUCGAGAGGUUGCUGAUUUGUGGGAGGUCAAAUCUCGCACUUUGAAGGCUGCCAAUGUAGAUCUUGACCUGUCCUGCAGCAUGUCGGGUCCCUCCUGGAAUCUUCAGACAGCACUGAGAGUUCUUUGUAUGGAGUACAACGAAAUAGUGAACUGGAAGAGAGUUAUUGCAGAGAACAAUAUCCCACCAUCAACCAAGAACUUAAUCAGAGGAGCCUUAGAUAAGUUAACCACUGAUGAACAAGAGAGGGUGCUGUCUAUGCUUCAGAUACUUGAUCGUGCAGACUUGGGAGAGAAGAUGGGUGAUUAUAUCCAGAAUGUUAGAAUACUGUGGAGCGAAAGACUGAACAUCCUUCGGGCCACUCGGGCAGAGUUGGAUCCCAACGGUUGAUGGAGAAUGAGAAGAUGACAGAAGUAUUCCAGGACAAGAGAGUCCAUUAGACAUGAAUCUUCAAGACCGAUCGGGCAGAGUUUUGAGAAGGAGAAGACAGGUGUAUUCUGGUAUGAGGCAGUCCAUCGGAGACCUAUAUUUUCAGGACUUCUCAUGCUGAGUUAGAUCCCAACUGUUGAUUGGGAAUGAGGAGAAGACAGUUAUAUUCUAGGACAAGUCGGUCCAUGAGACACGAAUCUGCAGGUCCGAUCGGGCAGAGUUUGGAGAAUGACAAGACAUGUCUUGGGUCCUGGGUGGUAUAGGAAUGAUUAGACAAGACUCAGUUGUAGUCGGAUCAUUUAUUUGCCGGCCAGAUCAAAAUGCCAUUACAAUGGCAAUAAAAACUGAAACGGAACAGAGACAAAACCCUGCUCGCAGCGCCAUUAAUGUAUUAAGUAAGUAUGAUUGAGGCACUUACUGGAUAAAUGCCCCUGAGCUCCAAGGUGUAUAAUAUCCCUCGGUAGUACGUGGUGUCCAGCGUAAAUCUAGAGGUCCUGUAUGUUGCGGCUGAACACGUACUUGACUUGACCUUCUUUCUCCAGACACAGAACUCUCACUGGUUAACCUUGACACUGACUGAUCAUCGGGGGUAAUUUUGGGGGUAUUGCGGGCGCAUCGUGCGUAAUGUUCAUUCAUGCACGGAAGUGAGUGAAGGGCUAUUAAUCGUCUAUAUGGCCGGUUAGACCCAGGCGACAUUGUUUAACGACCCUUUAUGCAACAGAAUAUAGAAAAUAGGUGUUUAGGGUGCUUUUCGAGACCCCAUGGUCGCGCAUGAUAUCCACUCGUCAAUGGAAGUGCCCCCCCCCCCCGGGCAAUCAUGUUUAAAUCUUGCUACUGUUUUUGGCCAUAAUUUGACACCUUUUAAUCGUUCAAUCCAUACUACAAUUUUAUAAACAUUGGCUAGAGGGGGGGGGGGGUACAUUGAGUGAAGAUCUGCAUAGCAUAGGAUAGAGAAGGCCUUAUAUUUUGCUCUUUUUUUCAAUUAUUUCUAGUAAUACUAAUGUUAUUUCGUGUGUGAUAAUACAAAAAAAAACAGUAAUAGUAGUCAGGAAAGUGUUUGAGUGUGUUAUGAAAUCAUCUGUUACCAUGUUGAUUUUUAACGUCAAAAGUCACGGAUGGAACAGAUGGAAAAUUAAUCAUUGUGUCUACCUCAGAUAUUUUGCAUUAAGAUAAUGUAUGUACAUGUACUUAAGGGCUUGUAGUCAUUGGCAUGAUACUACGUGUACAUGCCUGGCAAUGUAUGUUUAUGGCUUGUUUACUGUAAUAAAGAUAUUUUAGUACUGUAGUAUACGUUUACAUUAUAGACACGUUGUUAUCACUAGACUGUUGCCAUCUAACUUUUAUGUUUGUCGUUAUAUAGUAAGACACUGAAUUACAUGCGUAGAGUAAUAGAGAUGUACAGUUUUACCAGUUAGGUUAAUAGUAUCAUGUUCUUAAUGUUUUAAUGUUGUAGCUAUAGAAAAUGUAAUUACAUGUAUGUAUAGAAUGUACUUCAUUCAUAUCUGUGAUAAGUACUAGCAGGAGACUAUGGCCAUAUUCUGAAGUUGGGUUUAACUUAAAUUCCGGUUUAAAGUUCUGGUUUAAGUAUGGAUAGCCAAUCGUUAAAUAUAUUACUAACAUUAGAGAUAUCAUAUAUCAGCUACUUUGGCUUUCAAAUCAUUCAUAAUUGUCUUGGAAGUGUAAAUAGAUGAUUGUCUUCACCGUCGAUGAAUCAGGAAAGACCACACGAAACAUAAGAAACAUACAACUU